AUGACUACGAACGCUGCACCACUGGCACACAAUCGUGUCAGCGACCCGGUGACUGUGGCAUUAUCCAACACAUAUGCUGCCAUAUCAUUGCUCAUGGAAUGUAAAGCCAAGAUCCCCUUCGCAGACCUGAACCGCGCAGUGGAUCUGUUUCGCUGUGCGCUUGCAAACCAGCCGCCAACUGCUCAUUUACAACCACAGCCACAAUCGAGAACGGUGAGCGACCUGGCUCUUGCACUGAACAUCCGGUUCCUCUUCACGGGGCAGCUCAACGACUUUCAUGAACAUAUGGCCCUGCGCGCUGGACUGCAGGCAGUUAACCCCACACUCAGUGCCCCACAGGAGGUGAGUGCGCAUAGGAAACGACAAGCAGCUGUACAGGCGCACGAGGCGCUUUUCCGGUUCUUCGCCUCGAUCUCCGUGAGCUCUGUGUCCGACGCUAUGCGUUCAUUGAGGUGCGCGCUUGACCUGCUUCCCACGGUGGAUCCGUACGCGCGCAUACUGCCUGAAGCGUACAGUGCACUGGGGCACGCUCUGUAUAUUCUUUUCCGCGCUUCAGGCGAUAUAUCGCAUCUAGGCCCUGCGAUUGAGAAUGUAGAUGCUGCAUUGGACCAUAUCCACAAGUACGGCACACAGGGUGUGGCUGCGUAUUCAGACCUCACAACUAUAGAGGCAUGCAGGCGCGCGUUACGCUUCGAACAGGUGGUGGCAUGUGGACUACCUUCAGAAACCACUUUCUCCGGCAACCCUCAAAAUCAAUGGCUGUUUCGAGACCCGGACGGUUUUGCGCUGGGUGUGCGUAUGGAUCCUGAUCUGGGGUCUCUUAAUCAGGCUAUUUCUCUACUUCGCCAAAUGUUGAAGAGGCACGGUACUGGCCAUAUUCGCUUCGAGUCCCUUAAGCUUCUUGCGAGUACACUGGUGAGCAGAUUCGACAUAACUGGUGACCCCAAUGACAUCGAAGAAGUAAUAACACUUCGGAAAAUGAUACUACAUGAAGGCACUUCGCUCCCAAGCUUCACACGCGCUAGGCUGAUGUAUGACGUAGCAAGCACACUGCUGAUCCGGUAUAGUCAGAAUUGUUCGGCAUGCGACUUGGACGAAGCAAUCGUUUUGUACAAGAAAACUCUAGAGUUGUUAUCAGAAACACAUCCUUUGCGACAUUUAUUGCUGUGUAGUCUUGCUAACGCAAUCAUGCUCCGAUUUCAUUGCUCUGGGAGUCCAAUUAGUCUCCUGGAUGAAGCUGUUGCCAUGAAUCGCGAAGCUGUGGAUUUUUGUCCUUCUUCUGAUCCUGAUGCGCACCUACUAUCGCUCACUAGUCUAGUAACUGUUCUCUUCGCACGAUUUAAAGCCAGCAGUCGACAAGAAGACAUAGACGAGGUUAUUCGCAUAUUUCAGCAUAUUAUAGGUCACUUAUAUAACGGGAACGACUCCGGCCGCUUUGCUGCUAUUAACCGGUUUGCAAUGGCACUCUUUAAGCGGUUCAAAUAUUUUGGCAACGCGAACGAUUUGGAGGAUGCUAUAUUUUGGCAGACACAAAGCGUUGAAUAUUCUGUAAAGAAGCAGUUGUUGUCUGACCUUGCCCAGCAACUUAACAGGUUGGAUGACAUGCUUUCUUAUCGACCUCUACGACCAGCGAAUGCCGAAUUGGAUGAAAAUCUUGAAAGGGUUGCUGGGGCCAAUUCCGCAGAGAUGACUGGCUCCACAAAUACAGUAGCAGCCAACAAUCCUAUCCUUGAUGCCUCUGUCGCUGUUCCCUCCUCAGUUUCUUUGCCAGCGCAUAAUUACCCACCCUAUGGUAUUUCUAGAGAAACCAGAGGCAGUAAGCGCUACUGGUCAGUUGUUUUGUAA